AUGUUCUCCGGUGAGACGUCUAUCACGCACACGCUGGAUCAGGUUGAAGACCAUUUGGCACAUAUUGGAGGUGCAGAUGAAAACAGGAAUCCUGCUGCAACUUCUCAGACUGCAAAGACGUCUUUGCCCCCGUCGCCAGUUCCACAUCGGGAUGAUGAUGAUGAGCGCCAUGAGAAGGUUUAUAUCAGACAGGUCUUGAGCGGCGUUGACAUUGAGCCGGAUAGACGAUGCUGGGAUCAGUUCUUGGACACCUUUUGUGAGGAAGUCCAUAUUCUUUACCCGAUGCUUCAUGUACCAACUCUACGACUGAAUUAUACCGAAAUGUGGGACAAACACCUUCUUUCUCCAGAGUGUGAGCUUGGCCGCGAUGAUUCUCGCUUCACUAUCGCUCAAGUCUGGAUUUGUCUCGCGAUUGGAAGAUGUACUCAGUCAGCACGAAUACACGGCGAGGACGGCAGACACUCCGCCGGUUGGAGUCUUUAUGACGCCGUAAUGCAUUUAAUCGGAGACCUGUUGAGCAGUUGCCGAGAGUGUUCAAGUCCGAAAUUGAUUUUGCAGACGUUGGUUUUGAUAGCCAUAUAUCUCUUCCGUUUGGACGCGAAUGAAAGCGCAGAAAAAGUACUAGCCCUCGCCAUCACGCAUUCACAUAAUCUUGGUAUACAUCGACGCAAAGUUGUCGAGGGUAUAUCUGCUUUCAAUAGUGAAAUGGUCAGACGCGUUUGGUGGUGCACUUACCUCAUGGAUCGACGAUUGGCUAUUGAUACAGGCCACCCGUUUUUGAUUCAAGACGUGAACAUCGACACGCCCCUGCCUCGAGAGCUUAGUGAUGAUUGGCUUACGGGAUGUCGAGAUGAUCCAAGGACAAGUCGUGAAAUUGAGCCUGAUCUCCAGGCAGAAGUAGCUCGAGCUCCUUUGACAGCGGUAUCAUAUCUUAAUGCUAUGAUCAGCUACUCGCGUCUAGUUGGCAGAGUCUGGGAAGGAAUGUACAGCGUUGGCAGGACCGAGACGGCUCCGAGUCCUCUUCUACGCGAGUCUCUAGAGCAGCAUAUUUUCAGAGCUCAGAAGGAGAUAAAUCCCGAAUUCUUUCAAUAUUAUAAUCAGCCGUUGAACUGGAAAUUGAGCAAAGCCCCGUGGUGGCGUACCAAGCAGCGGAUGUUGAUGCAUAUUCGCUGGUACUCCAUCCAACUCCUCAUCCGCAAACCCAUGCUCCAACGAGCCAUCUCUCCACCAAGUCCUAUCCCAGACAGCCCCGAAAACGAAGUUACCUGCAUGCACAUAGCCCAAAACAUGAUCCAGGGACUAACCAAGUUCCCAAAAGAACGUAUCCGCUCUACAUUUACGUUCCUUCACUACUUUGUUUCGGCUACUAUGAUCUCCCUGGGAUUGAUUAUCAAGGAACCUUCGUUCAAAGCUGCCUAUGGCAGUGCGACACUGCAAGCGGCUAGGGUGUUGAGAACGUAUUGUCGUCAGACGUGGAUUUCUGGGAGGAUGGCGCGGUCGAUUUACAGGUUGAAUCAGAUGGCUACGUGUGUGAUGAGAGAUGGUUCGAGUCGACCAGCCUCUCGUGAGGUUGGCGAGGCCCGGAAGUCCGCAUUGGCAAACCGUCCGUCGAAGCAGCCGUAUUUUGCUCCUGACAUGAAUCUCCAACAGAAUACAUCUUUUCUCUCUGAGAACGCGCUUGAUAACCGACAGAUUCCACAAGCCAACGAUAAUACCCAAGCCCAACAGAUCGGAAUUCCUAAUAGCUCUGUCGACUAUUACUCAACAAACACCGGCUUACACGAUCUCGCUGCAUUUGAAGAUAUCUGGAACCCCGAACCUACAAACAUCGUAAUGGGCGAUUUCGACUUCGAAGAGACUACCGCGAGCAACCUUAAUCCAACAUUUCCUUCCAAUGAAUACGGAAUUAACCCGGCAUGGACUCAAACGACGACUUUCGCAGCCCCCGAUGUGGAGAACGCAAGAUCUCCCGGCGCACAAAGUGCUAUCACAUCCGACACAUCAGUGGGAAUGUCUCAAAAUGUACAGGCUACGGGAGAGUCGGGAAUGGAGAUAGACUGGCUACAGUCUUUAUUCUGGGAUUCUAUUGGGUCAAAUUCAUAG